GAGAGAAAGAAUGAGAAUAAGAAGAAGAAGAGGAAGAGAGGACGACGACCUGGUAAGACGAGAUGACAGCUUCAACAGAGCUCAGCCUCAGCUCAGCUUUAUAGUUGUUAAAGGCCCUGUGAAUGGAGGAAUCUCUGCCGGAAGUCGCCUCUAGAUCAUCGCCGCCUCCGCCAUCGCCAUUCCCAUUCCCCCGCCAUCUUCGCGCCUAAACUCUCCUCCCCCCGCCGCUGUGAAUUUUGUCCGACCUGCUGCUGCCCCCCCGGAGGAGAGGAUUGGAGCAGAUAUGCGUUUCUGACCGGAGCUGUUCUGCGAAUCUGUUGACGUUGACAUAGAGCGGAAAGGGAAAAUAGGAGAGAAGAAAAUGCGGUCGAGGGGUGAACAUCAGACGGUGCCGCUAUCGGUCCUGCUUAAGCGGGAAGUGGCCAGUGAGAAGAUUGACCGGCCGGAGAUUGCUCACGGACAGGCCAGCCAAAGCAAGAAAGGAGAGGACUUCACGCUGCUCAAGACGGAAUGCCAGCGUGCCGUCGGAGAUGGGAUCAGUACUUACUCCGUUUUUGCUUUAUUCGAUGGGCACAAUGGAUCUGCUGCUGCUAUAUACUCUAAGGAGAAUCUUCUCAGCAAUGUUUUACAAGCUAUGCCAUCAGAACUUAACAGGGAUGAAUGGGUAGCUGCAUUACCAAGGGCCUUGGUGGCAGGCUUUGUCAAAACUGAUAAAGAUUUUCAAGAGAGAGCACAAACGUCGGGAACAACUGUCACUUUUGUCAUAAUUGAAGGAUGGGUCAUAACUGUGGCCUCAGUCGGCGACUCACGUUGUAUCCUUGAAUCAGCGGAUGGCAGCAUCCACCAUUUGUCAGCAGAUCAUCGGCUCGACUGCAAUGAAGAGGAGAGGGAACGUAUCACUGCAAGUGGGGGUGAGGUGGGUCGGCUCAAUACAGGUGGAGGUGCAGAGAUUGGUCCCUUGAGAUGCUGGCCUGGUGGUUUGUGUCUCUCAAGAUCCAUUGGAGAUAUGGACGUAGGCGAGUUUAUAGUUCCUGUUCCUUACGUGAAGCAAGUGAAGCUUUCUCCUUGUGGUGGCCGGAUUAUUAUCUCAAGUGAUGGUGUCUGGGAUGCUUUAAGUGCAGAAACAGCCCUUGAUUGUUGCCGAGGGAUGCUGCCUGAUGCUGCAGCAAAACAAAUAGUUAAGGAAGCUGUACAGGUUAAAGGACUUCGAGAUGAUACAACAUGUAUCGUGAUUGAUGUGUUACCACAAGAGAAGCCCAUAGCCCCUUUGCCUCCCCACAAGAAGCAGGGAAAGGGCGUUUUUAAGUCUAUGUUCCGCAAGAAGUCUUCGGAGUCAUCAUCUGAGAAGGAUAUUAAAGAAUUUAAUGAGCUUGAUGUGGUCGAGGAGUUGUACGAGGACGGAUCUGCUAUGCUCUCAGAAAGGUUGAAUACAAAGUACCCGCUCUGCAACAUGUUUAGAUUGUUCAUGUGCGCAGUUUGUCAAGUGGAGAUUAAACCUGGGCAGGGUAUCUCAAUAAAUGCAGGCUCGUAUAACCGAGGUAAAUUACGUCCCUGGGAUGGCCCUUUCCUUUGCUUGAGUUGCCAAGAAAAGAAAGAAGCCAUGGAAGGAAGAAGACCGUAAUGGAGCUGAAUCUAGGCAUAGAAGUGGAAUUGACUAGCCUGCCCCUUCGACUGUCUUUUCGAUUGCAAGAACUAACAAUUGUUUGCGGGCUUAUCGUGAAUGGGAGGCCAAGUUGUCUCAUAUGUCAACUUCAAGUCUGCAAGGGUGGUGAACAAGCAUUCACAUGACAAACUCACUUCCAGGCACCGGUGGCUGUCUCUCUAGUCUCCCUCUCAUGACCCAGUACAUCACAGAGCUGCUUGUGUAUCAUACUUUCAGUGUCGUAAGUGAUGGCGCUCCAUGUGCAUGCCUCCCUCGAGAUAUUUGUCAAAGAAUCCAGAUCAGACUUCCCUGUUCAGAACAAGACGCCAGAGGUAACGUUUCUCAUUGACUUUUCGGAUGCGUUUCAUAUUAUAGAGCUAACACGAAAAGACCUGUUAACAUUUGGGGGAACUGGACUCGUACCCUUUGAGACAAGAAAGACUUUCGCACGAUCGGUGUGAAGAGAAUUUGUCCAUUUACCAUUUGUCAUCUUAACUUCCUUGCGUGAAUGUGGGAAGGUGCAACUCUGCAGGUGGUAUUUCUGUCGAUUCAUUCUUUUCCCGAAGACUGUUGCCCCUUCGAUUCUCAUCCAUUCAUUGCUAUUAUUGCUCUCGUUUCUCGGCUAA